CUCGCUUCCUCCGCUAGGGUUUGUGCCGCGUCGCGAGCACUUGAAGAUUCGCGAAACCCAACCCGCGGCUAUGGCCACCGUCCAACCCCACUCGCCGGGCCCCACCGCCACUCCUCCUCCGCCGGAGGAGCGGCACGUCGACGCCUCCGGCGAACCCGCCGCCGAGGCCGAGGCCGAGGCGGGCGGCGGGGGCAGCGAGAUCGCGGCGCUCGACAAGCAGCUCGCCGUCGGCGGCGGCGGCGAGGAGAAGAAGGCAGGUGGAACUGCCGGCGGUGGGAAGCUGGUGGCGGAGGCCAUACGCAAGUACGCCGUGCCGCGGUCGUCGCGGUUCCACGGCGUCACGAGGCUGAAGUGGAGCGGCAAGUACGAGGCGCACCUCUGGGACAACACCAGCCAGGUCGAGGGCCGCAAGCGCAAGGGCAAGCACGUGUACUUAGGCAGCUAUGUUACUGAAGAGCAGGCUGCCAGGGCACAUGAUCUGGCAGCCUUGAAAUAUUGGGGCACAGGUCCAAACACCAAACUGAACUUCAAUAUAUCUGAUUAUGAGAAAGAAAAUGAGAUUAUGAAGACCAUGUCUCAAGAUGAAUUUGUGGCCUACAUAAGGAGGCAAAGCAGUUGCUUCUCAAGAGGAACUUCCUCAUAUAGGGGUGUAACCAGGCGAAAGGACGGUAAAUGGCAAGCACGAAUUGGUAGGAUUGGGGAGAGCAGAGACACCAAAGACAUUUACCUUGGGACUUUUGAAACUGAAGAAGAGGCAGCAGAAGCUUAUGACAUAGCAGCAAUUGAGCUUCGUGGUCCUCAUGCUGUUACCAACUUUGACAUUACUAACUACUGUGAAGAUGGUUUGAGAAAACUAGAUGGCUCAUCAGAUGUAGCGAAGCUGGAAGGUACAUCAGAGGUUAUGAAGCUUGCUGAACAAUAGAUACUAGAAUAGCUACAUGUAAAUUGCUUUCCGUUCCAUUUCUUUUUUCAUCAUUUUGUUAUCCUUUGGUUGUUCGUGGUACUUUUUCUUUUUGAGUUUUCUCCGCACCUUGUUGUCAAGUCAGUAUUUGCCGGUUCCAAAGAUAGGACAAUGUUGUGUUUGUACUCUAGCUUAACAAAAGGGGUCUUACUAACCUUUGAUGUCACUUGCGGAAGUCAGUGUCGUAGCAA